GGGGAGAGGCAGAGACGCUGCACGGAGGGAGGGAGGGGAGAGAGGCAGAACCGACAGUGCAAGGUGAGAGCAGCGCACAAGGCAAAGUUUUCCCCGAGUGCCGGGCCGCGAUGCUGCUGAAGGAGUACCGGAUCUGUAUGCCCCUCACGGUGGAGGAGUACAGGAUUGGGCAGCUUUACAUGAUCAGCAAACACAGCCAUGAACAGAGUUCUGACGGAGAGGGCGUAGAAGUAAUCAUUAAUGAGCCUUAUGAAAGCGCAGUCCAUGGGAAAGGACAAUACACAGAAAAACGAGUCUACCUAAACAGAAAGCUGCCAGCCUGGAUACGAGGUUUUAUUCCAAAGAUAUUCUACAUCACGGAAAAAGCCUGGAACUAUUAUCCUUACACAGUCACAGAAUAUACAUGCUCGUUUUUGCCCAAGUUUCAGAUUCGAAUAGAAACGAAGUUUGAGAAUAACAAUGGAAGCAAUGCCCAGGUCUUUGGGGACAAGCCCACCCCAGAGGAUGAUGUUUGCUUCGUAGACAUUGCUGCUGACGACAUCACAGAAGGGUAUUACAAGAAGUCGGAAGAUCUCCGCAGUUUCCAUUCGGUGAAGACAGGUCGGGGGCCACUGUUAGAUAAUUGGAGAGAGACAUCAGAACCCAUUAUGUGCUCAUAUAAACUGGUGGCAGCCAAAUUUGAGGUUUACGGGUUCCAGUCUAGAGUAGAAAGCUUUGUCCAUAAGAAUAUCAGAGACAUUUUACUUGCAGGACACAGGCAAGCAGUAGCCUGGAUGGAUGAAUGGUAUGGAAUGUCUUUGGAGGAUGUGAGAAGGUUUGAGAAGAAACUUCAGGAGGAGACAAACUGCAAAGUGAAUUCUCAGAAGAAAACACAAGAUUCCAAGAAUGACACUUUGCUGAACAUUGGUGGUGGGAGACAUUCAAUCAGCCGCUCUACGUCAUGGAACAACGGAACGGAGCCAUGUUCUUAUGCAGCAACCAACGGAUCAGCAGACAUAAAGCCACGCCACAGAUUGCCUUCAGCCCCCGAAUAGUGUUUGCCAAGGAACUGCAAUGUUCAAAAAUGGCGAAGGACAUUUCACAGAAAAUGUCAGCGGUGGAGAUACCGUCGUCUUCACAAUUUACAAAAAUGUCAGAACGACAUUGUCGAUGAGAUCUGUUCUGUGCUUUACCUUCUCCCGACAUGAGAGGACCAAAGGACUAGGAGUUGCCAAUGUACAGAUAUAUUUAUAUUAUGAAAGAGUAUAAGGUGCAAUUAUAUAAUGUAUAUUUGGAAAAUACCUAGUGGGGUUGAUAUGUAGAACUACAACUUUUUUUCCAGGUGGUGCAAAUAAUCUCUGGAAUGGUUAGAAAAAAAAAAAAAGAUUAGGGUCAAGUGCUAGGAUUGGACCAUGAGCUCUCCUCUUUUGCAUGCUACUACCCAGAAUCCCUGGUUGCAGUAGAAGCUCUCGUUUGCUGUGGCAAAGCACGUUGUCCCUAAGAGACAGGACGAUGCUUGUGUUUUUCUCUUUUUGCAGUACUUCUUAUGGUGGAGGGUUUGUAAUCCCUUUAUUUUGUAUCUUGUAUAUAGAAAUAUAUCUGUAGAGUCCUCCUCAAUAACGUGGGAGCUGAACGACUGACAUUGAAAACGUUGAAAUAUCUACUUGUAUGUUACAGAACAUAGGUGCAAGAUAGGACUCUUUCUUUAUAGAAUCUGGUGUGAAAUGAAUUUUUGGGAUUUUACAGUCAAUAGGGCUCUACUAAUGUGAUGUCAACAAAUGUGCAAUUGUGUGUACAUAUAUAUAGCUCAAGGGAACACACCGUACACCUAUAUGACUCAGGUGUAAGUGUUGCAAAAAGAAAACCCCCACAGGCCUUAGCGGAACAAUGUUUUACUUGAUCUCUCCCCUGGGAUUCCGUACGGCCUACUACCAGCAACUGGUAUUGAUAAACCUUCUGACCAUCACACACAAAGCCUGUUUGAAUACAUAUAUAGGUACAUGCUAACAAUAAAAUUUGUGUGUUUGGAGCACAUCUAUUAGAGCUACAGGUGCCAAGAGCGGGUUUGGGUUCAGGUUCUCCCAAGUUGGUACAUUCAAGCCUGGUAUAAGCCUUCGUCUUAUGCUUUUGGAUGCAUUCAACUUGCAGUCCCUUUGUAAUAUGGACAUAACAACGGCAGUGUAUGCGUUCUGUAAAACACAGGUGCGGUUGUUUUAUUUUUGUUAUAUACAUGAAAUUUAAGUGGUUGUUUAUAUCUGUGGUUCUCCAAUAUAUAGAUGAUACGAAUGGAAAGUCUGAAUACGUCAUGGAAGAGACAUUAAAGUUACGCUGAAUAUUUUCUCAGUCUAAGAAAUAACGAUGAAUGUACAGUACAAUGACAUUGCUGUGGCCAACCUUAUACAGUGUUGUACAAAGUGCUUAGUGAUUGGUUCGUCUUAUUUGAGCUGCAUCUUGUCCUUCUUAACUCCUCCCCAAAGUCCGUGGGGCUCAUUUAUAAAGACUUGCUCCUGGGCAGUAACCCGUAGCCACCAAUCAGUAGUUUGAUUUUUUUUAGCCAGCUGCAGGUUGAACAGAGAAAGCAAUUAUCUGAUUGGUUGCCAUGCGUAACUACUUGCAAAUUUGCCUAUUCUUUAUAAA